AUGAGACCUCCAGUAAGAGGACGUGGUGGUGGAAGAGGUGAAGGAAGAGGCCGUGGAAGAGGCCGUGGGAGUGAACGUGGAAGAGGGCGGCCCGUAGGAGGAAGAGACCGUGGACGGUCCAACGGUGGAGCAAGAGAAAGAGGAGGACUUAAGGGAGGAAACAAAGUGAUAGUUAUCCCUCAUAGGCACGAAGGAGUUUUCAUUGCCAAGGGUAAAGAAGAUGCUCUUGUCACAAGGAACAUGGUUCCUGGUGAAACUGUUUACAACGAGAAGAGGAUCACGGUUCCGAACAAAGAUGGAACUAAAGUUGAAUACAGAGUUUGGAACCCUUUUCGAUCUAAGUUAGCUGCUAGUAUUCUCGGUGGUGUUGAUAACAUUUGGAUCAAACCUGGAGCUAAAGUUCUUUACCUUGGUGCUGCUUCUGGAACCUCCGUAUCACAUGUGUCUGAUAUUGUUGGCCUUGCUAGGAUAGCAGCUCUAAAUGCAUCAUUUUUCCUCAAAACUGAAGGUCACUAUGUCAUCUCUAUAAAGGCGAGUUGUAUAGACUCAACAAUAGCAGCAGAAGCAGUGUUUCAAAACGAAGUGAAGAAGCUGCAACAGGAAAAGUUGAAACCUCAAGAACAAGUGACUCUUGAGCCUUAUGAGCGUGACCAUGCUUGUGUCAUUGGUGGUUAUCGCAUGUCUAGGAAGCAGAAAUCUGCUACUGCUACUUAA